AUUAACAACAUUUAUACUAGUUUUAUAGAUAAUAUAAUAACUUCUGAGGGUAUUUUGAAUAACUUUAAUGAACAACCAAUCUUGAAGAAUACUUUUGAUAAUAUUGAUGUUUUCAACAAGAAAAAUGAAUUUGAUUUUAAGAACAAAGCUGAAUUUGCAGAACCUAUAUAUUUAUUAACUGUGAAUCAGACUUUUCAAACUUGGAAGAUAGUUGAUAA